AGGUGCGGAAGGUCAUUCAGAAGUCAAGCACCCGCUCCUGCGCCGGUGCCAGUUCGGCUUCUCUGAGGCACGGAAACCUGCCUGGAGCCUCAAAUCCGCUUAACUACACCACAGGGCCGGGAAAGCGCGCACACUACCUUGAGGAAUUUUGGGUCUCGGCGCCCGCCGUAGACGUCGUGCCAGAGGCGGCCCGUUGUCUUGGAGCCGGCGAGACGCCGUUAGGCCUCCCCCGCCGCGGUCACCAUGUCGGUGCUGGAUGCGCUUUGGGAGGACCGGGAUGUCCGCUUCGACGUGUCCUCGCAGAAGAAGGAACCCUCUUUUGGAGCCUCUCAAACAGAAGCCCUGUUUUUGGAAAUCUUCAUGUUUUAAAGAGAAUAGUUAGAAACCUCCCGCCGGCAGUCCAGGAAAAAAGUGCCCACUGGGAUAACAAAUGAAAACAAGACCUGGAGAAGUCCUUAUUGAUUGUUUAGAUUCAAUUGAAGACACCAAAGGAAAUAAUGGGGAUAGCGGUAGACUCUUAGUAACAAAUUUAAGAAUUAUCUGGCACUCUUUGGCAUUACUCAGAGUCAAUCUUUCUAUUGGUUACAACUGCAUAUUGAAUAUCACAACAAGGACUGCUAAUUCUAAAUUACGAGGCCAAACUGAAGCUCUUUAUAUACUAACAAAAUGUAACAGUACUCGUUUUGAGUUUAUAUUUACAAAUUUGGUUCCUGGAAGUCCUAGACUUUUUACUUCUGUGAUUGCAGUACACAGAGCAUAUGAAACUUCUAAAAUGUAUCGUGAUUUUAAAUUGAGAAGUGCGCUAAUUCAAAAUAAGCAACUAAGAUUACUACCACGAGAACAUGUAUAUGAUAAAAUCAAUGGAGUAUGGAAUUUAUCCAGUGAUCAGGGAAAUUUAGGAACUUUUUUUAUUACCAAUGUGAGAAUCGUGUGGCAUGCAAAUAUGAAUGACAGUUUUAAUGUCAGUAUACCAUAUCUGCAAAUUCGGUCAAUAAAGAUUAGAGAUUCAAAAUUUGGUUUAGCUCUUGUCAUAGAAAGCUCUCAGCAGAGUGGAGGAUAUGUUCUUGGCUUUAAAAUAGAUCCUGUGGAAAAACUACAAGAAUCAGUUAAGGAAAUUAAUUCACUUCACAAAGUCUAUUCUACCAGUCCUAUAUUUGGAGUGGAUUAUGAGAUGGAAGAAAAGCCAAAGUCCCUUGAAGCUCUGACAGUUGAACAAAUUCAAGAUGAUGUAGAAAUAGACUCUGAUGAUCACACAGAUGCUUUUGUGGCUUAUUUUGCUGAUGGCAAUAAGCAACAAGAUCGUGAACCUGUGUUUUCAGAAGAACUGGGGCUUGCAAUAGAGAAAUUGAAGGAUGGAUUCACCCUACAGGGACUUUGGGAAGUAAUGAGUUGAUCUUGAGUUGAGCUGGGUUUCUAUUUAAAGUUAUCUCAAGAUUAAAGAUACUAGUCACCUGCUAUAAGGCAUGGCAUAGUUUUUACAUUUACAGAAAAAGCUUUUCAGAGAGUUUUUUAAUGAUUAAGGAAAAACUCAUUUGUCGAAGAUUUUAUUGCCAGUCUUCUAAAAAUUAUAUUUGAAAUUGUAAUCAAAAUGUAUCUGGUUUGUUGUAAAUAUGUUUAUUUUGUAACUAAUACUUGGAAGUUAUUAGUCUGUGAAUAUUAAAAGACUGUAUCAUGUUGAGCUUCAUAAAGAAUUUAUGCAGCACCAUUAAAUGUUUUGAAAGUGUUAUCUAAAAGCAUAAGACUAUUCUUAUGGAGUAAUCAAAAUGCUGCUUUUUUAAUUAUAAAAAUCUGGUUUAAAUAUAUUUAUCGCAUAGCUCCAAAGGUAAGCCAGCACUCAUAUAAAUUAUAAACCUUAAGCUUGUCAUUUUUAGGUAACCAUUUAUGUAAAAACUAAAAACUUUAGCUAACUUUGGAGGAUAUCAACCCCUACGUAAAGUUUUGGGCACUAUUUUGGAAAUAAUUUCAAUAUCGUUUUGGCAAGAAUACAUUUAUUUUGUAAGGAAAUAGUUUUAAAUAGUUUGUAAAUAAAUAAUUUAUUUGUUGACUUGCUCUUUGUUUGCAUUCAUUGAAACUUCUUUGAAGUUUUCAAAAAUAUGAUAUUAUUUUCUGAUUUCUUGGUCAGGUAAGAUUUGGUGACCUCUCUUGCAUAAGUGUUUUUUGCCACUGCUUCAGUAUAAAGAAACUUUGUAAGGAACUUCUGUCAAAACAUUAACCCUCUUUUUCUAGAGUGAAAAAAGUGAGUGUGUAAAAUCAUUUAAAAUAAGAUGCAACUGUAUGUACAACCGUAGACACAUAGUACAAUCAAGGGCUAACCUGAGUUUAAUAAAGAUCAAUGAACAAAAGCUAUAAA